AUGGAUCUGGAAUUCCGGGGUGUCUUAGCACCACAUGGGCUGCCUGCACAUGCGAGUCUGAUAACGCCCCCGGGCACCAGCAGCGACAUUCGGAGCAACCCGAGGCUCCCCCGGCCGGUAACAAGCUUCGAUUUCUCAAAUAGGAAUUCGGAAUCUUGCGAGAUGGAGAAGGUUCCCGCGCAAAUCACUGGGAAACGGCGGGGUGGAAGUAGAAAGGCUUGUAAUGAAUGUAAACAGCAGAAGCUUCGUUGUGAUAUUGUUCAGACUCCGGCGGCCGCAUGCUCGCGCUGCCGGCGACUUCAGAUAGAAUGCAAGGUUGAACCUACAUUCAAGCGAAUUUCCAAACGAAGGCGCAAUGCUGAGAUGGAAAAGGAGAUCGCAGACCUCCGUCGCCGGCUUGCAAACAAUGGGGAACGCCCCCAGACGCUGGAUGCCAAUGCCAGUGAUGACAUUUCACAAUGUUCAGAAGACGUAUUCUGCAGUCCGGACCCUACUGUCACCAAGAGGGCUCGACCUCUCUCCGCGCCCUUGGAGCAGCCACCCAUGCCUGCUCCGAUAGCGUUACCCAGAGAAAGUUCCAUUCUCCCUCAGGAAGAUAGCUUAUGGAGACUGGAAGAUAUCACGCUAUCACGACAUCGUGUAGCGCGGUUGUUUGAUCAGUACUUCACAUACUACCACCCCUUUUUGCCUUUGCUGAACCCUCAGAAAUCGCCUGAGGAAUACCUCCGCCGGAAUGCUCUCCAGGCUUGGACAAUCAUUUGUAUUGCCAGCCGUCGAGCCCCAUCGGAGCCGGGUCUUCUGAGUGCCUUGAGUGGACCGUUUAGCAGGUUUCUUUGGUCAACUCUGACCGGCGUUCCGCAAGACUACCGUGUGGUCAAAGCCCUUUGUCUACUUUGCACGUGGCCUCUACCUACCACGAGUCAGAGGACAGAUGCAACGUUCAUGCUUAGCGGACUGAUGAUGCAGAUUGCCAUGCAAUUGGGCUUGCACCGCCCGGUUCAAGCCGAAGAAUUCACAACCUUCCGUAUGUCAGCUCAAGGUGAAGCAGUGAAAGAUCGCUUGCAAACAUGGGCUAUCUGUAACAUUGUGGCUCAAAAUGUCGCAACUGGCUAUGGACAACCUCCAGGAACCAUCUACGACUGGGCACUUGAGCCAGCGUCUCUGCGGGACGCUGAGUACAGCCCCUCAGAGGAUCUACGAACUCGGCUCCGGAUUGAAAAGUUCUGUGACCGAGUGACGAAGGCGCUGUACAAUGGUAAACCAGAGCCGACGGAGUUCAUCAGCUCCGAGAAGUUGUUGAUUGUGCAGCUCCUGGAGGGUGAACUGCGCGAGAUGGAAGUUGAUUUUGGUCGAGACAUAUCACAUAUCAACAUGAUCCAUUUGCGAGCCGCUGAGUUGCAUCUGAGAUAUUUCGUAUUCUUAGGUUCCAACCCCCGUGGGGAAGAUCUCACCAAGCUCUUCAUUGCUACGACGUCCUUCCUUGGAAGGGUCCUGGAUCUGGAGACGUCUCCUGGAGAGUUAAUCGGCCAUGCUACCAACUAUAUCCUGCAGAUGAUAGUAUCUGCUGCCUUUGCUCUCAUGAAACUGCUGAAGAGCGAUUUCAGCAGACACAUUGACUUUGACCAUGGCAAGUUAUUGUUUAAUGGAGCCAUCUCGGCCAUUCGGCGCAUUAGCGUGAUGGAUCAUGAUCGACCCGUUCGCCUUGCCGAUAUCCUCGCUCAGAUGUGGAACGCCAAUGACGCGGAACAUUCACCUGGCGAGGAUAUUCUACAACUCAAGGUCCGCUGCCGAAUGAGCAUGAGCCAUGUUUAUGAUACGGUCUGGCGCUGGCGGCAGAGAUUCCGGCCCGUGAAGAGCGUUGAAGAAACGCACGUUCCUAUGGCGAAUGCCGCCAUAUCGUCCACAGCGGGUCCUCUUCCACGGCAGCAGAACGAGGCGCUGGAUGCGUCCGGUUUGAUCUACUCCCCCAACUACGACCAAGGGGCCUUCAUCGGCGAAGCAGGAUUUUCUGAAGUUUUCGAUUCCCUCAACUGGGUAUUUGAUGGAUUUCCGGAUUCUUUCGUUGCUCCUCCGAUCAUGUAA